AUGGUAAAGCCUUGUUUAUCUGGCACCAUUAACCUGGCUGUUAAUCACGCCACUGCCAAUCUGGCUGUUUAUCACGCCACCACCAAUCUGGCUGUUUAUCUCGCCACCACCAAUCUGGCUGUUUAUUUCACCACCACCAAUCUGGCUGUUUAUCUCACCACAACCAACCUGGAUGUUUAUCUCGCCACCACCAAUCUGGCUGUUUAUCUCGCCACCACCAAUCUGGCUGUUUAUCUCACCACCACCAAUCUGGCUGUUUAUCUCACCACCACCAAUCUGGCUGUUUAUAUCGCCACCACCAAUUUGGCUGUUUAUCUCGCCACCACCAAUCUGUCUGUUUAUCUCGCCACCACCAAUCUGACUGUUUAUCUCACCACCACCAAUCUGGCUGUUUAUAUUGCCACCACCAAUCUGGCUGUUUAUCUGGCCACCACCACUCUGGCUGUUUAUCUGGCCACAGCCAAUCUGGCUGUUUAUCUCACCACCACCAAUCUGGCUGUUAAUCACGCCACCACUAAUCAGGCUGUUUAUCGCGCCACCACCAAUCUGGCUGUUAAUCACGCCACCACCAAUCUGGCUGCUAAUCAAACCGACGCCAAUCUGGCUGUUUAUCUGACCACCACCAUUCUGGCUGUUUAUCUCACCACCACCAAUCUGGCUGUUUAUAUUACCACCACCAAUCUGGCUGUUUAUCUGGCCACCACCACUCUGGCUGUUUAUCUGGCCACAGCCAAUCUGGCUGUUUAUCUCACCACCGCCAAUCUGGCUGUUAAUCACACCACCACUAAUCUGGCUGUUUAUCUCGCCACCACCAAUCUGACUGUUUAUCUCACCACCACCAAUCUGGCUGUUUAUAUCGCCACCACCAAUCUGGCUGUUUAUCUCACCACAACCAAUCUGGAUGUUUAUCUCGCCAUCACCAAUCUGGCUGUUUAUCUCGCCACCACCAAUCUGACUGUUUAUUUCACCACCACCAAUCUGGCUGUUUAUCUCACCACAACCAAUCUGGAUGUUUAUCUCGCCAUCACCAAUCUGGCUGUUUAUCUCUCCACCACCAAUCUGGCUGUUUAUCUGUCCACCGCCAAUCUGGCUGUUUAUCUCACCACCACCAAUCUGGCUGUUACUGGCUCCAAUCUGGCUGUUUAUCUCACCACCACCAAUCUGGCUGUUUACCUCACCACCACCAAUCUGGCUGUUUAUCUCACCACAACCAAUCUGGAUGUUUAUCUCGCCAUCACCAAUCUGGCUGUUUAUCUCUCCACCACCAAUCUGGCUGUUUAUCUCACCACCGCCAAUCUGGAUGUUUAUCUCACCACCACCAAUCUGGCUGUUUACCUCACCACCACCAAUCUGGCUGUUUAUCUCACCACCCCCAAUCUGGCUGUUAAUCACACCACCUCCCCUAAUCUGGCUGUUAAUCAUGCCACCACUAAUCAAGCUGUUUAUCUCGCCACCACCAAUCUGACUGUUUAUCUCCCCACCACCAAUCUGGCUGUUUAUCUCACCACAACCAACCUGGAUGUUUAUCUCGCCACCACCAAUCUGGCUGUUUAUCUCGCCACCGCCAAUCUGGAUGUUUAUCUCGCCACCACCAAUCUGGCUGUUUAUAUUGCCACCACCAAUCUGGCUGUUAAUCUGGCCACCACCAAUCUGGCUGUUUAUCUGGCCACCGCCAAUCUGGAUGUUUAUCUCACCACCACUAAUCUGUUUGUUCAUCUCACCACCACCAAUCUGGCUGUUUAUCUCACCACAACCAAUCUGGAUGUUUAUCUCGCCAUCACCAAUCUGGCUGUUUAUCUCGCCACCACCAAUCUGGCUGUUAAUCACACCACCACCACUAAUCUGGCUGCUAAUCAAACCGACGCCAAUCUGGCUGUUUAUCUGACCACCACCAUUCUGGCUGUUUAUCUCACCACCACCAAUCUGGCUGUUAAUCACACCACCACCAAUAAUCUGGCUGUUAAUCACGCCACCACCAAUCUGGCUGCUAAUCAAACCGACGCCAAUCUGGCUGUUUAUCUCACCACCACCAUUCUGGCUGUUUAUCUCACCACCACCAAUCUGGCUGGUUAUCUCACCACCACCAUUCUGGCUGAUUAUCUCACCACCACCAAUCUGGCUGGUUAUCUCACCACCACCAUUCUGGCUGAUUAUCUCACCACCACCAAUCUGGCUGUUUAUAUCGCCACCACCAAUCUGGCUGUUUAUAUCGCCACCACCAAUCUGGCUGUUAAUAAAACCAACGCCAAUCUGGCUGUUUAUCUCACCCCCACCACUAAUCUGCCUGUUAACCACCCCACCACCAAUCUGGCUGCUAAUCAAACCGCCGCCAAUCUGGCUGUUUAUCUCACCACAACCACUAAUCUGGCUGUUAACCACGCCACCACCAAUCUGGCUGUUAAUCACGCCACCACCAAUCUGGCUGUUAAUCACGCCACCACCAAUCUGGCUGCUAAUCAAACCGACGCCAAUCUGGCUGUUUAUCUCACCACCACCACUAAUCUGGCUGUUAACCACUACUCAUCUGACUGUUAA